UAAAUCUACAUAUUGUUAGAGGCUACGAUUAAAGUAUGGAUGAUCUCAUUGUAAGUGGCCACCAAGUGCAGAUGCAGACUGUCGCUCCAGUGGAACCGUUUCGAAUCACCACCAAUGCUCCGCACCAAAUGAACGAUCCCAACAUGACACCGGGACGCAAAAAGCUGCAGAAAUGGUUGGGCCAUGUCCUUCGCAUCGUUAUAACCGAUGGACGUGUCCUGGUAGGCUUCUUCAACUGCACGGAUCGGGAUGCUAACAUUGUGCUCUCCAUGUGCGCCGAGUACCUGGUGGAGGGACAGGAGCCGCGUCUACUGGGCAACGUAAUGGUGCCGGGAAAGCACAUUGUGUCCCUCAGUAUUGAUGACAUCAAUGGACAUCAGACAGCAUCUGCGUCUGCCACGGCACAAGUGCAUGAAUCUGGCAGCAGCUGAAGCCCGCUCCUUAGAGAUCUAUGGAUCAAUUAGAUCAGCCAGCCGGCCAAUUGACGAUCAGCCGGGAAUCAUUCGACUGCAGCAGCGUCUAUAUUUUAAAUCUAUAUUUAAACAAACUAUAUUUAGAAAAUAUAUAUCU